AUGUCUGAAGAAGUUAAUAUGAAUGAAGACACGAGAGAGGAACUUGCUGUGGUUGAAAAUAUUGAUUGUUCUAAUGUCUUCAAUACUUCUCAGGUGUUUCCUACCCGUGAGGAUGUCUUGCAAUGGGUUCGUACUGUUGCGUAUGAUAUUGGUUUUGUGACUGUGAUAAUGAGGUUUGACAUAUCAACCGGAAAGAGAGAAAGAACCUCGUUUGUUUUAAUUGGUUGUGAGAGGAGUGAAAAGUAUAGGGUAUACAAGAAAAAUUUAGUACCGACGGUGACUAGCACUAAAAAACGUGGUUGUCCUUUUAAGCUGCGAGCGAAAUCAAUCCCAGGAGGUGAAGAGUGGAUGGUCAACUUAAUAUGUGAGACUCAUAAUCAUGCAUUGGCUAAGUUAUUGAGUGGACAUCCAUAUGUUAGUCCACCAACUGAGGAUGAGAAGAUUAUUUUUGGUGAUAUGACAAAGCCAAUGAUUGCUGCUGAGUUAAAGCAAGUGAAUUAUGCUAGCAUUGACAGUUCUCAUCGUGGAUGCAUUAUGAGAAUUACUCAUGGUUGUCCCAUGUGCAUGUGA